UUCAUAGUCCAGCCUGUAUGACCGUCUGAAUGACCGUCCCGAUGAACUCUUGCACAGAUUAAUGUUCUCACGCGCCUCCUUUCAAGUGUGGCCCUUUAAGCUUGACCAGCUCUUCAAGGCUACCGCCUCAGUGGGGCUUUCGGCGCGUCCAGUGGCACCACUGGGACUCCCAGCCGAGCAACCGCAAGGCCUUUUGGGACUUGUUGUCCUUUCAAGCUUCUCCCAUGAUGGCGGUGACGGAGACUGAGGACUACAUGUCCCAAGAUUCCAGUACAUCAAUGGCAGAUUCAUCUAGUGAUUCAGAUAAUUUUCUUUGUGGUCGUGUACGAAGGCGGGGCCCUCUAAGAGUGACCCACAGCAGAGUCCGAAACCAUGGUGCUGAAGAAGUUACAGAGAAGAUCCAUACCUUAGCAAGCACUUUACAGGAUACCAACCGAAACCUGAGACAUGUUGACCAGAUGUUAGGACAGUACAGAGAGUACAACAAUGAACAAACUGAAGCUAUAGCAACUUUAAAGGAGACCCUGGAACAAUCCAUAGGCCAAUUAAGGAGUCAACGAUUGUCCAGAAAUUCUGGGAUGAGGAGUGCCUCUCUUUCAAGUUUGUACACAAGUGACUUGGAUGUUGAAGCAGCCACAGGGAGUCGCCAUUUUCAGCCUACAUCUCCUCUCAGGGAUUAUGGAAACUCACAGAACACUAGACGUCGCAGAUCUAGAUCUGCUAAUGUCCGGUUUGUCAAUGGGGCCGAUGAGUUGCAUUCUGUACACCAGUCCCUUCGAGACCUUAGUAGUGAACAGGUUCGUCUAGGAGAUGAUAUCAGCAGGGAGCUUUCAAGAAGAAACCGGACUGAUGCAGAAACCAAAAAGAUCUUGGCAGACUUGUCUGCAAAGCUCACGGAACCCCAAAGACAGGAAACUGUAUCAGAGCGGGUAGAGAGAAGACUUCAAGAAAUAGAACAAGAAAUGCGCACAGAAAGGCAGCUGGUAGAAAGACGGCAAGACCAACUAGGACACAUGUCUAUGCAGUUGCAGGAGGCUCUAAGGAAACGAGAAGCCAAAGCUGAUGAAAUGGAAGAACUGAUGAAAAAUAAACUUUUGAAAUCUGAAAAUGAAAAGAAUAAACUUGAGCAAGAGUUGGAGCGGUUUAGGAGGAAGUUAGAUCAAUCAGAAGGCAGUCGAGAAGCUCUUCUUCAUCAGAUGGAGGGUCUCCGUUCCCAAUUACUCAGAGCAGAAGAAGACCGCAUGGAUUUGCAGAAUCAAGUUUCACAGGUUGCCUUGCACCGCCAGAACUGUUAUGAUGAGCAAGAGGAUGACAGAAGAAGCAGAUUAGUUGUUGAAAGGUCUGAGCGGGAGAAGCAAGUGUUGGAAAAACAGAUCCUGGAGUUAAGAGCUAAACUGAAUCAUAACGUUGUCAUGUCAGAGGUAGAAGAGCUGAAGCGAUGCAUAGAGCACAAGGACAAGGAGAAAGCGCAACUUGCAAUGCAUAUAGAGAAGUUAACAUCUGACUUGGAAAACCGAGAGAAGCAGCAGGAAAGGAUGCUGGAUCAGCUGAAAGAGAUACAGAGCUGUUACAAGGCCUGUGAGAGUGAACGGAGGCAAACAGAACUCCAAACUGCUGAGCUGGCCCAACAACUUGAAGAGUCAACUAAGGAAGCAGAUCGGUGCCUUGCCAAAUUCAGGCAGUCUGAGACCCUUCGGUUAGAGACUGAUAAGAAGAAAGAAGAGUUGAAAGUGAAAGCUCAGGAAUCCAUUCGACACUGGAAGCUGAAAUAUAAGAAAUUGGAACGUGAUAUGGUGAAACAGAAUGAAACCAUCAAUCAGCUGAUGGAGAACAGCAAUCAGAUCCUUAAAGAAAAGGAUGAUCUAAAAGGUCAACUUCUUUCUGCUAUACACCAAAUAGAAAACCUUCAGAAGGAGCUGAACAAUGUGCUUACAAAGAGGGCCCAGCAAGAAGAGGAACUUCGAUGUAAAGAGGUGAAACUCAAUGAAACCAAGUCUCAACAGAUAGUUCUUGAGGAAGAGAUCAGGGAAAUGCAAGGCACAGCACAGAAACUGGAGAGUGAGUUGCAGAAGCAGAUCCUACUACAGAACCAGAUGAAGAAUGAAAAAGAACGUUUAGAGGAAGAGCUUGAGACAGCUAACAUGAUCAAUGAAAAAGACCAGGAAAGAUUCUUAGAGAUGCAAGUAGAUAUAAAAAAUUUAAGUGCUAUUCGAGCAGAACUGACAAACAAAAUAGCAGAGGAAGAGAAAGCCAAGAAAGAGAUUCUCAAGAACUUUUCAGACCUCCAAAAACACCAGGAGUCUAAGCAAGAAGAGAUGACAACAACAAGCUGGCAGCUGAAGAUGGAGAGAGAUGUUCACAAGCAGGAGCUGUCAGAUCUUAGAUCAGAGUUGCAGAAUGUGAAAACUAAGCACGAGAGAAAUGUUCAAGAGCUAAUGAAGCUCUUUAGACAAGAAAAGGAUGAGGCAGAGAAUCACAUUAGGAGGCUGAAGACAGAACUUGUAGAAGAGAAAAAUUUAGUGAAAGCUCAGCGUCGAAAGGUGGAAAAGAUGAAAACUGACUGUGAUAAGCUGGUAGAGGAACUAACCCAAAGUGAAGAGGAGAACACAAAACUUAGACGAAAAUAUGAACUUGUGAAACAGGAACUGGAGGAAAAGGAUAAACAGAUAAACAAUGGAGAAGAUCAUUUGAGGAGGAUGGAGGAGGCCAGAUUACAGCUUAGAGAUCAGCUGCAUUGUAUAGAGAUGGAACAAGAAUCCAUUCUCACCAUGAUAGGAAGUGAAAUUGAUGCAGCUUGUGAAAUCCUCUCCAGGGAUUCUGUGGAGAAAUUCAAAGCAAUAUCACUUACACCUGGUUUACAUAAUGACCCUCAUCGCUGGUUAGCAGAAACAAAGACUAAACUUCAGUGGAUGUGUGAAGAGGUAAAAGAAAGAGAAAACAAGGAAAGGAAACUGCGGCGCCAACUAUUGCAGAGUCGAGAACAGCUUAAGCACUUGACACUGAGCAAAGAGUGUGAACGUCAAUCUCUCUUUGAACAAAUAAAGAAACAAGAACAAGUCCUAGAGGAAGUUAACAGAGAAAAGAGAGAUCUACUGGAGAGGACUUUCAGGAGAGAAGAAGAAAUGGAAGUUCUACAGGAACGUAUCAUGUCCUUAGAAACUAGUACUCGAGUGGCCUUGGACCAUUUAGAGUCUGUUCCUGAGAAGCUGAGCCUUUUGGAAGAUUUCAAAGAAUUUGGAGAAUCUCAUCAUCAAAGGGAGAUAAUUGAAGAGAGAUACACCAAAUACAAGGAAAUUGUGGGCUCUCUACAGCAGCAGCUGGAGGAUUCAAAGCACAGAAUCAAAAACUUCAAAGAUGAGAAAAUGGAUGCUCCUGUUUCCAACAUACAAGCAGCAGCUCUCUCCUCUAACUGGCGGACUAAAACCAACUUUAUGUCCAGCUCACUGCUUUCAGAUUCAGGCUCAUUUAUGAGAAGAACUGUUCCUUUUGAUUUAAAUAGAAGCAAGGAAGAUCCCAUUAGUAUGACUGUCAAUGAAGUGAAGUCUCAAGCAGAAAAAGAGAAGCACUGGAGCAGCUAAAAAAAAUGCAAAACCACAACAACUUUCUUUGCUGUUCUGCUCCAUUAUUUUAAAACAAUAAUUCUGACUGCAAUCAAGCACAGCUGCAUUUACAUGAGUGAUGCAGCAUCAGUAACUCAUCAAUUGCCAAACAUUGACUGGAAGUUCAUCAUAUUUCAGGGCAGUGAGGCUAUUUAAACCUGAAGAUUAUGGUAUGUACCACAUCUGCCAAGAGACUUCAUGGCACAGAGCUUUGUCCUAUUUGCAUUUCAUUCUAUGGUUCCCCUGACUAAAGUUCAUUCCCAUUUACAGCAUACAUGGAUUCUAAAGAUUAUAACUGAAGAACUAGUACACAAACUUUUAUCACAAGCAAAAUUACAAGUAUAAGGAAAUUUGGUUGAUGCUUAAAUUUAGGUGUCAACCUUGAAACAAUUACUAGAAAUUGCUUUUGGCGUAAUAUUUAAGAGGCUUUAUAAUAUAGCAAAAAGUAUCCAUGAUUUUAGAAAUGUCCAUUUAUAAUGUGACAGGUCAUUAACUGUUAGAAAAUGAUCCAAUGAGCAAAGUUUAAAAUUGGAAAUACAUUUUUCUUCAAAGUUGGAGGGAAUUUCAAUCAUAGUUUGGUGCAGCCUCUCUCUACUGUCGAGUAUUGAGAAUUAUUUCUAAAAUAUAAUAUCUUAUAAUCUGAGAGUAUGUCAAGAAGGCAUUGCUAUCUAAUGGUUAGAGCAAGAGAAGGGUAGUCAGAAGAUUUAGGUUCUCAAUUCUUCCCUCGAGUCAAGAAGUCACUCAGUAACUUUUUGCAAGUAACUUAACUUGUCUAUGCCUCACUCAAUUCCAUCAUCUUCAAAAUGACUUGAUGACAGGGAUUUUUGCUAAGCACUUUGAAAGCCUUUGAUGAAAGGUGACGCUGUAUAAGGAGCAUGAAAUAUUAUUAAUUUUUAAAAGAAACUUCUAAUAACCACUUAUUCUUUUUAUUGUACAUUAAGUAUGUUGAAUUUUCACCUUAAUUUUAAAAUGUUAUUGAUUAUUUAUAAUUCUGAGUGUUCUUGCUGCUGAGGAUCCCAUUUAAUUCAAAUCUGAUACAUUUCCUAGCUUACGCAAGUCUCCAACUAAUCACUAUUGUAGCAUCUUCCACUGUCUCAAGAACCUUCAAUAUUUGUACUAUAGUCCUGGUUCAGGUCAUGCUUAUCUUUACUGUUCCAGGCUGAGUCACCAGUUAAGUGCCUUAAAAGGCCAAUAUACUGGCCAAACACACCAGGGAAUAUCAGAGUGAUAUGAAUGGCGUUGUAAUGGUUCAUUUAUGUCAGACUUUUCUUUCAUAGAGAGCCCUCUCCCUACCUGAAAGUCUAUGGCUCUUUUACUAGCACUGUCAGUAGAGAUUGAAACCUUUAAUACCAGUUUCCAAGCCAUUGUGUGCCAACUUAGGAACAUGCAGUGCUUUUAAGGAAUUUACUGCAGAUAGAUUCUGCUCACAACUGGGAUAGUGGGAAGUCUGUUGGAGCAAGCCCCUUACACUCUGCUUUGUUCCAAGUAUACCUUAUUGCUGAGUGCAUUAACAUAAAAGACUGCAGAAAGGGAGAUGAGGAGAUACACUCAAUUAUUGUUUAGCAUUAAUUUCAUGUGCACACUGUAAAGCAGUUACUAUUUCUUAUGUCUCAUAAAAGAUUGGCUUAUACUUUUUAAAGAUUUUCUCUUUGCCUUCUAGAUUGCAUAGCGUAGGCUGGAGUAGUGCUGGCACUAACCCUUUAUAGACUCCUGGCACACUGUCGGUCUCAGAAGGCCAGAAAAGCAUAACAGGGUCAUACAUCUCUUCCAGUCCAAAUGACUGUGUCAGAGCCAGAACAAAAAACAGAGCGCACACACACACACACGCAAAAAAAAUCUCUGCUAGUGAAAAUAAAGUUAAUGAAAACUUAUUUCUGUCAUCGAGUAGGAAGGGGGGCGGGCAUCAUGAAAUACGGGAUUUUCAGUCCAUAAUUGCCCUAAACUAAACCUACUGUAAAUGUAUCCAGCAAAAUAUAUUUUAAUUAGAUCCAGUCACAGCUGAAAAUUGAUAUUUAAAACACAUCAGACAGUUUGCGUGGUGACAUGUUGGAAAAUCAGAAUAUCUGAUUUUCACAACUUCCAGAGCUUAUGGUGUAUACAGAUAAUAGUUAAAGGAAAUAUAGGUCAGUCAAUUUAAAUUAAAAAAAAAACAAAACCUUUCUUUUGCCACACAGUAAAUUGUUGUCCUAAAAUAUAUUAUAUUGCAAGGAUAUAUUUUUAUAAAAGGACCCACUACAGUUUUAAUUCCUAGAUCAAUAGAUGUAUGUCAACCCCCUUUUACUGAAUCUGGAACAACUUCAAUGGUAAAUGCCUAUUUGUAAGUAGGGUAGGCUGAAAUCUGGCAAUUGAGAGCCUCCAUUCAGGGGCAAAAAUAUUAUUUUUGUAAAUAUAAAAAUCACUUUGCUUUUCCUAAGGAAUGAGAAGAAAGCUGGAUAUUCAUUGCUUCUGGCUCUCUUGGCUUAUAUGUAUUAUUUCUUACUUGUGAUUACUAAAUGUAGCUUAGUUAGUUUUAAUAAUUGUUUUUACAUUCUCUGACCUACUAUGUUUAAGCAGUCUAAACUCCAAAACAUGCUUUUCACAAUGCUCUGCAAAUAUGUAGUAGAAUGAAAAUUACUAUUGGGUCAAUAAUACUGGCUUUCAAACUCCUUAAAUAUGUUGACUGUUUACAAAUUGGGCCAUGUGAUAUCUUCUUUGAGGCAAUUUAUUUCCUUUUGUAGUUUACCAAGAGGGCUGGGAGAGAGAAAUUAAACCACAAAAAAAAUUAAAAGAACUUUCUAAUGGGUUGGUGUAAGCUUUCCAAACCCAGGAAAUUCUUUCCUAAACUUACCCUCUUGGCACUGCAACCCAGAUAAUGUAUAACAUCAGUUUGAAUUCUGCCUUUGAUAAGAGGAUCAGAUUGCCUGCAAUACCUCAGUGUUAUGUAAUGAUUAUUUUCCUUCCUAAUUAGAGUUCAAGUCCCUUUCCUGACAUUAUCUGAAAAUGUCCUUUUGUGGUUUAAUAAAUUAUAUUUUUUCAUCUUGGCAAAAACAGUAUUCCUCCUGACCAGCUUCUGAUUCUAAAAUUGAAAAUUAGGGUGUUCAUUAGAAACAUUUUAUGCAUUCAGUGUCCUAACAUUACUAGUUUCAUUAUAGAUCUCUGUAUAUUUAAUUUUAUUAAUGGCUUAAUCCAGUAAGAGCUUUCAGUAUGCUAGAAAUGUGGGAUAUGGCCCAAAGAUUGAAUUUCUUCUUAUGCACAGCAUCUCUGAAAGUCAGGCCACUUGCUAGGUGCCUAACUUCAAGCACUCAGUAUGGAAGUUUUGGCUCUGAAGACUAUGGUCCAAAUUCUACUUAGUGCAUCUUAACAUAGCUAUAAAUGGAAGUGCAACAACCCCCUAUGUUCAUUAUCCCUAAAGGCACUAAGCAUUUUCAGCUGAAUUACUUCAGUUUUACCUUGUCCCUCAGUUCUCUGGAGGGCUGUGUCUACACUGGCAUGAAUUUCCGGAAAUGCUUAAAAC